AUGGCUCAGGCAUACAUCAUUGGCGAUAGCUCGCCCUUCCUCAAGCGCGUCUUGAUUCCCUUCUGGGUCAUUCGAAUUGCCAUCAUGAUUCUUGAGAUCAUCCUCUACGCCGCCUCCAUCGCCAUUGCUGCAUCGAACAGGGGGACUCUGAACCGCAUCGGCGACGACAACAGAACAGCGGGUUGGGUCAUGGGUAUCCUCGCCGUCAUUAUGGUCAUUAUUGCCGCCUGCCUCAUUCUCGACGUCAUCUGCAUCGUCAAGCGCUCACGACGCACGCUCAGCCCAAAGUUCUUCCUUGUCGCCAAUGUCAUCCAGACUCUCGUCUGGUUGAUUCUGUUCAUCCUGACCAUCAUUGGGGGUGGCAGCGCGUUUGGCUUCAUCAUCGCGGCUGUUAUUCUUGCCUCUUUCAUCGGCCUCCUCAUUUACGCUAGCGUCAUCUACCACAGAUUCCGCAAGGGCACGUUGCCCCGCGGAAACUAUGCUCCCGCCAACCCAACGACUGGAUACACGGGAGGUUACACUGCCAACGAGCCCAACAAGACUUACGAUCCGAACGCACCCCGUUACGAGAUGAAUCAAAGAUACGCAUAA